AUGUCGCUCGCUCUCGCGUCGCCGGUCGUCGCGCCGCGAUGGCGAUGCUCCCCCUCCCCCGCGCGUCGCCACCGCGCGAUGCGAACGGCGCCGUCGUCCUCGUCCGUCGCGCGCGCGGCGACGGACGAGGAAACGGCCGCGGCGUCGACGACGGCGCCGUCGCUUCCGCCGUCGCCCGCGGACGUCGACCUCGCCGGCCUGAAGAAAGAGACGCGGCGGCGCGUGGAGCGCGAGGUGAAGAAAGUAGGGAAGGCGACGACGAAGCUGCGCGUCGCGAGAGAGACCGUGGACGCGCUCGUGGCGAACGCGGACGCGACGGAGGCGGAGCUGGAGUCGUGCCCGGACGUGGACGCGAUCGAGAGAGAGCUGUCCGCGUGCAAGCGAACCCUCGCGGACCUCAACGCGCUGAACGACGUCCUCGAGACGUGCAAGAGCGUGUCGUCGCCGAACUUCGCGGACGACGCGUACGCGCGCGCGGCGGCCCUGGGCGUGCGCGACGCCCCGCCGCCGCGGCCGCCGCGGCCGCCGAAGAAACAGAAGAAGAAGCAGGAGAACGCGGGACCGCGGAAACCGUACUGGACGUUCGUGUCCCUCGACGGGAUCGACAUCCGCGUCGGUCGCACGUCCUCGGACAACGACGAGGUGUCCACGUCGCCGGAGUGCAGAGACCCGCGGGACUGGUGGAUGCACGCGGCCGGGUGCCCGGGCUCGCACGUCGUCAUACGACACACGAGCGAGUACGACGCGUUGCCGAGAGAGACCGUCGUGGACGCCGCGACGCUCGCGGCGGCGAACAGCAAGUCGACCAAGACGGGCAAGGCGCCCGUGUCGCUCGUGCGCGCGCGGCAGGUGAGUAAGCCCGCGGGCGCGAAGGCAGGGCUCGUGCGGUUGAGCGGAGAGGUGAGGACGGUCGUCGUGAACUUGAAGGACGAGGCCGCGCGAUUAGAGCGUCUCGCGGGGACGAAGAAGUAG